CACUGGAAAACUGUCAGGCGAAAUUUUUGAAGUGAACCCAGCAGGAACAAAAAGCAAAUCAAAAUAUUUUUGAUGAAUCUUUUAAAGAAUGCUUGGAAGAACUGGAGAAUCUUUGGAAAAAUUCCUGAAGCAUCACCGACAAAAAAUCUGGCAAAGAAUCCCUGAAGGCAGAUGUGGAACUUCUGGAGAAAUCACAAGAAGAAUUUUCUCCAAGAAACUCUUGGUUUUUUUCUAGAGGAAUUCUGAAUAAACAUCCGAGAGAACCCCUGAAUACAUGGAUCAAUACCUGAAGAGACCUUUGGGGAAAUGCCUAUAAUAAUUUUAAAAAGGAUUGCUGGAAAAAAACUAAGGUUCUGCAGGGAAACCCCACAGGAAUGUCUAAAUGAGUCCCCAAAUCUGAAAAGAAGGAAAUUCCGAAGAAAAAUUCCCGAAGAAAAUUCUGAUGAUAUUCGUGGAAGAAUUGCUUCAAAAUGUUUUAAGAAAAACAUAAACGAAUUUGCAUGCACGAACUUCUGUUAUAAUCCUUGAAGAAAUUUCUUAAAGAAUCCCUGAAAAAAAAAACCAGAAGGAGUUUCUGAAGAAAUCCUUGAACUAGAUUCAAGAUAAAUCUUUUGAGCAAUUUCUAAGGAAACUCCUGAAGAUGAUCCAAGGAAAGCUUCGAGGAGGGAUCCCUAAAAGAGUCACUGGAGAAAAACUUGGAAAAAUGUUUGAAGAUAUAUAUACAAGGACAGGAAUGAAAUUAAAAUGGAUAUGUGGAGGAAUCUCUGGAGGGAUUCUUGCUGAAAUCACAGACAAACAGAUGUUUGACUCCUCAAAAAGAUUUGGCAUAUGCGUUGACCGAUUAAUUUCAUUUGAUUUAUGCGAUCCUUCCACCUGAGGCACUAGUAAUCGAUCGCCUUGACUUUCGCUAGUGUACACGUUGCUUAAUAACGCAAACAAAAGUUACAGGCGAUUUGUGUAGUAGUGUGUGCAUCAGACAAUCGUAAAAUUGCAAUCCAUCAUGGUUGACAAUGUAUCGCGUAGUUCUACCAACAGAUAGCAGUGUUUUUGUGAAAAAGACAGCGGGCAAAAGUUUUAACGAAUUUGUUCUAAGAGUAACAUCUGUUUGUGCGGAAAUCAUUUUAGGGAAUCCUGCGAGAAUAUUUUGUCAUAGGUUUUUCCUUCUUUUAAUCGUUGGUUGUUUUCUAUUCGAGGUAUACUGAUGUGAAGAACAGAGGCAUGAGCACUUCGGCUUUCGGCAAACGACUUUCGGCCAAAUGACCGUUUCGGUAAAAUGGCGUUUGACUAACUAACAUUCGGCCAAACGACCCAGAACUGUGAGUACGAUUGCUAGACCGGCAUUGUUCUACACUCAGAUACGAUUGACAUUUCUCACUCAUUCUAAGAGCAUAUUUCCUGCGUACGAUCGUUGCAUCUUUUCUCUCUCGAAUAAUAUCGUUUAUAAAGUUAGCUCGCGAGUUUUAUUUCCUGUGCAAAUCUGCGGCUGAUCGCUUCGUCGUGAUAUUAUCAUGUAAACAGGAAGCAGUAGGAUUUGAGAAAUCAAAGGCGUUUGUGUGGGAUGCUACGCUGAUUGCGGAGCCAUCGGCGGCUUUGGCGAAAAAGCUUUUGUUUUCGGUGGGAUAACGGUACAGUGUACACCAUGAUUUGAUAGCUGAUUCACGAUUUGCUUUUGCCAAGCUAAAUGGUAAAAUCUCUAAUUUAUCCACCUAGCGGUGAUGGCGGCGCCUUUCUCGUGCUUUCGAAAACCCAUUUCAACAAAACUCAUGUGAAAUGUUGAUGAAUAUCACACCUUCAUGCGUUUAACAAAAAUCCUUUUCAUGAUACCUGAAAUCAUAUCGCUUAUCUGGCUUUUGAUGUUUGAGCCUGAACUCUUAAAAAACCGCAAUCAUGAAUGUUGAGCCGCCAUCUUGGAAAUUUUGGUCGCCAUUUUUAUACUCCAGACUUCUUCCCCAUACCAAAUAUACCUAAACCUCCAUUAAACAGCCGCCAUCUAGGAUAUUGUGGCCGCCAUUUUCGGACUUCGGACAUCUUCUUCAUAGCAAAUAUGCCCAUAUAGCAUGUUUCAGGGCCUAAAAAUCCAUUAAAAAUCUAGCAUCUUGAUAUUGGAGCUACUCUCUUGGAUUUUAGACCGUCAUCUUGGGUGUUCCGGUCGCCAUUUUUGGACACCGGACAUCUUCUCCAUACCAAAUAUACCUAUAUGGAAUGGUUUUAGAGCCUAAAACUUCUAAACACUCGCCAUCUUGAACUUGAAGCCGCCAUCUUGGAUUUUUGACCAACAUCUGGUCGUCCUUUUUAGGACUUCACACAUCUUCCCCAUACCAAAUAUACCCAUGUUGCAUGGUUUCAGAGCAGUGAAGAGAAUUGUCAGACAAAAGAGGUACAAAACAAGCAACAAAGAAGGUGCGACGAUUACUCUUUAUCCCUACUGGUAACAGAUAAUGACAUGAUCUCGAAAUUUUUUGUUGCAGACAAAACGGAAGCUGAAUUUGUUGCGUACUUUUCAACUCGUGAAUAAUCAAUUAUUGCUAACCCAAAGCUGAAACUGUUUCAUGAUAGAGCUUCACCAGAGUUACAGUGCUUACCGACUCGAAGUUACCGUUCGAAAAUCGCAAUGCAAGGCUUAAAAAUCUCUAAACUCGUGGUGUACGAUGUUAAUCCCAUUAUUUUCAAGUUGGGACAAACUUAUGUUGCAUGGAUUUGUUUGUCGAAACAAAUACAGGUUGCGACAUUGUCAUUAUUGUUGCGCGAUGGUUGAAUUUUGAUUCACUGUUUCAGAGCGUAAACUCCAUUAACAGCUGCAAUUUUGAAUUUGGAGCUGCCAUCUUGAAUUUUAGAGCGCCAUCUUAGAUAUUCUGGUCGCCAUUUUUGGACUCCAGACAUGUGCCCCAUGCCAAAUAUACCCAUAUUGCAUGGUGUUGGAGCCUAAAACUCCCCCAACAUCUUGAAAUUAGAGCCGCCAUUUUAGGUUUUAUACCGCCAUAUUGGAUAUUCUGGUCGCCAUUUUUGGACUCCAGACACGUUCAUCGUACAAAAUUUGCCCAUAUUGUAUGGUUUUAGAGCCUGAAAUUCUGUUAAACAGUCGCUAUCUUGGAUUUCGAGCCGCCAUCUUGAAUAUUAGGCCUCCAUUUUGAAUUUUGGGUCAAUAUCGUGGAAUUUCUGGAAAAACGUAAACCAUGCUAACAAUUACAAAAAUCAGAGCAGUUUGAUGUGUCGCAUGACGGGUCUUGGUUAGUUUUACAGGGGAUGGCCAAAAUGUUUGGGAUAGGCAACUUUUUUUUUCUCUCACAAAAAAGUUCAACAUGCUAUAACUUUUCAUAGAGUGCAUCAAAAAAUCUCAAAUUUUGACUGUUUGUCAACCUAUUAUAUGUGCAUCAUUGGUACAAAUUUGGGCUCGAUUGAUCAAUCUUUCGCAAAGUUAGAACCAUUCGAGUAAAACAUUAUUUUUAGGAACAACUCAUUUUUGAGCUGUCAUAUCUCGGAAACUAGUGAUCCGAAUUGAAUAAAAUUUUGAACGUACACUAACAAUAUACAAAUGCUUCACAAACUAUUAAAACAUAGACACUUUUUGAACUUUGAAAAAAGUUAUCAUGGAUUGACACUUUUUGGAUUUUUCUUAAAAAAAUAUAUUUUUGCCUUUCUCGUACACUAAGUGUACUGGAAAGGCUAUAUGUUCACUCCAAAAAUGACUUUUUGAUAGAAGGCCCGGAGGGUCGAGUCACAUCUACCAAUCAACUCAGCUCGACGAAUUGAGGUGAUGUCUGUGUGUGUGUAUGUAUGUGUGUGUGUGUGUAUGUGUGUGUGUGAGUAUGUGUGUGUGUACAAAAUAAACUCACAUCACUUUUUGGCAGUAAACCUCAACCGAUUUCAAUGACCGACGGUUCAUUCGACGCGGAAUCUGGUCCCAUUGUUUCCUAUUGAAAAUGGUUCGGAUCGGUUUAGCCGAUCCGAAGUUAUGGCCAUUUAGGUGUUCCGGAUCGGUACCCCAGGGAGGGGCCAGAUAUGAAAAUGCUACAAAACCAUGCAUGCGACAUAUCAGACCACGGCUAUUUCGAUAACGUGACGAACGUUAAGCAGGAAAAUACUCUCAGCCCAUAUCUGAACCAGAAGUAUUCCGGAAUCGGUUCCGGAUGUCCCGCCGGAAGUGGCAAAAUAUAAAAAAUAGCCAAAUCCAUGCAUUCGACACAUCAAAUAGCGGCUUUUUCGAUAACCUGAUGAACAGUGAGCAGGAAAAUAGCCUUUGACUCAGCAGAGACUACCGGUAGUGUUCCGGAACCGGUUCCGGGUGCCCCGCCGGAGGUGGCCAAAUAUAAAAUUGAACCAAACCCAUGCAUGCGACACAUCAAAUCGCGUCUCUAUAGAUAACCUGAUGAACGGUUAGCAAUAAAAUGGAAUCAGACUAUAUUUAGGAAAACCAGUAGUAUUCCAGAACCGGUUCCGUGUGUCCUGCCGGAAGUGGUCAAAUGUAGAUGGGAACCAAACCCAUGCAUGCGACACAUUAAAUAGCAGCUUUUUCGAUAACCUGAAGAACACUACCGGUAGUGUUCCAGAACCGGCUCCGGAUGUCCCGCCGGAAGUGGUCAAAUAUAAAAGUGAAUCAAACCCAUGCAUGCGACACAUCAAAUAGCGGCUUUUUCGAUAUCCUGGUGAAUGGUUGGCAAUAAAAUGGAAACAGACUGUAUUUAGGAAAACCAGUAGUAUUUCGGAAGCGGUUCCGUGAAGAACGGUAAGCAGGAAAAUAACCUUUAAUCAUAGCAGAAACUACCGGUAGUGUUCCGGAACCGGCUCCGGAUGCCCCGCCGGAAGUGGUCAAAUAUAAAAGUGACCAAACCCUUGACCAAAUCCAUGCAUGUGACACAUCAAAUAGCGGCUUUUUUAAUAUCCUGGUGAACAGUAAGCAGGAAAAUAGCCUAAGAUCACAGCAGAGACUACCGGUAGUGCUCUAUAACCAGUUCCGAAUGUCCCGCCAGAAGUGGUCAAAUGUAAAAGUGAACCAAAUUCAUGCAUGCAUGUCCCGCCAGAAUGACCAAAAUGUAAAAUGAAUCAAAUCCAUGCAUGCACAUAAAUGUUCGGCUUUUCAGAAAACCUGUUGAACAGUUAGCAAGAAACUAGUCUCAGACCAUAUUUGAGACAAUAGGUACAGUCUUUGAACCGGUUCCGGGUAUCUCAUAGGAUUCGGUAAAAACAGUUAAAAUAAUCGAUGCAAGAGAUAAAUAUGUGUAAGAGAACAAAAUCUUGACAAAACUGAUGCAGGCUCAUCAAAUCACACCUUCUCAUAUUCCUGAGGUGUAAAUAUACAGUAGAAUGGGGGUUGCAUGAAAAAAUUGAAAUUUAAUCGCAUCAACCUCGAGCAAAGUUUAUCAAUCCCCUUUUGCGUAUAAAAUUGCUGCGCAAAAUUUUGAUCCGACUGAUUACUCCUUGCGCUCUGUGAUAUGCACUGAAAAAAGUUUUCACAUUGUUUUCAUCUGAUUUUUACAUGGACUGUUUUCAUACGCGUGUCCAUUGAAUUUUAUGGGAAUAUCACAUAGAUUUUGCGAAGUUAUGUGAUUUUCCAAUAGAAGCUAUGUGAUUUCCUAAUGUUUUCCAUAGACCGUAUUGAUUUCAUGUGAUAUUUCCGAAGAAGUUUUCAUCGGAAAAUCCAAUAACAGUUAUAUAGCCAAACUAAUCGAAAUUUUCCAUUGGAUAUGUGAUUUAUUUUUUAGUGUGGUUCUAAUUUGAAUUGGAUUCAGUACGAAAAAUUUCACUUACUUUCAUUUUUGGUCAAAUUUUUUGAAUCUAGUAACCAAUGAUAAUAAAAUAUAGCCUGAAGUUUGCAGGAAAAAGUUUAUCGAAGACUGUAAAGUCAUUUUGGGUUGUGAAAUAAAUUAUAUUUUUAAGCUUGUUAUUAACGUCUUGGUAUUGAUGGGUCUCCAGUAAUAGUAAAGGUGGUCACGCAGUCAACUAAGAGGUCUGAUAUUUUUCAGCUCUGCCUAUAAAUUGAACAUAACACAAAGAAAUAUGUGCCAUCAGUAAAUUUCCCAACUCGACGGUGGCUUGGAUAAAAUUCUUGCUUUUAUAAAUAAAGUAUUCAGGAUUCAGGAUGCUAACGUCGACGGAAAGAUCAUGAGUACAUAUUCGACGAGAAAGGCACUAUCACCACUAGGUGGAUUAAUCCGGGUUUUUUUAUGUCAAUGUCAAUAAAUUUUUAGUGUUGAUGUCCAAAGAUUUUCUACUUCUGUUCUCAAGUUAUCUGAAAUCAGAUGUAUUAGAGCCUAUUUAGAUUGAAUGAAGAACACAUUUAGUAAUUUUUGUGUGGUAUUGUAAAUUUGCCUUUUUUUUCUCUAUGUGGGUAAAAAUUUCAACCCGGUAUAACUUAAUUCGCCGUGAGAAAAUAUUACAUUUUUUAACGUUGUAUUAAGUAUCAAUAUAUUGUUGAUAAACGUUAAAAAAUUCAUUCAAUUCAGUUCUCUGGUUUCCGAGAUAUGACAGCUCAAAAAUGAGUUGUCUAAAAAAUAGUGUUUUACCCGAACGGUUCUCACUUCGCGAAAAAUUAUUCAAUCGAGCCCAAAUUUGUACCAAUCAUGCACAUAUAAUAGGUUGACAAACAGUCAAAAUUUGAGAUUUUUUGAUGCACUCUAUGAAAAGUUAUAGCAUGUUGAACUUUUUUGUGGGAGAAAAAAAGUUGCCUAUCCCAAAAAUUUUGGCCACCCCCUGUAUAUACGGCCAGUUCUACCGGUGCUGGUCCGGAUCACGAACAUGGCCGGAACGCGUUGGCCGAUCCGGAAUUUCGCUUUUUGAGUAAACAUAAUGAAGCCUUUCAGUACUUUUUGGUAACGAGAAAGGCAAAAAGCAAAACCUGUCUCACUACUCCCCAACCUUACCUAUACUACUCUCUUCUCGAUUCCUCAUUACCUCGUCUGCAUUUCAAUAGCAUAAUAACAAAGCUAUAAUCUACAAUAGAUGUUUACAAACAAUUCGUUCAGAUAAGCCAGUCAAUGGUGCGUGCUUGUAUCGAAAUUUGCCCGAUCUUUGUUACAAAAUCCGUUGGAGGAGAACAUUUCUCAAAAAAGAUGUUCGCUUACAAACUAAUGGACAGCCGGCAGGCUCGUGAAAUGACAACCGAACUUCACGAUCGUCAUAUCGAAAUAAAUCUAAGUGACGCUUCCACCACUAUUCCGGUGCGUGGUGAACUGGAUCGCAAACCGAGCCCUUGUGUUUUGCCGUUCAAGUACUUGGAAUAUGCCGAUCGGAUCAGAAAUCUCACCGUUUACGAAGAUGAUGUGUGGGUUGUCACUUUCCCGAAAAGUGGCACGACGUGGACACAGGAGAUGGUUUGGCUGAUUGAUCACGAUCUCGAUUAUGAAACUGCCGGCAAGGUUGAUCUGAACGUUCGUACUGUGUUUAUAGAGGCAUCGGCAGUCAUCGGAGAUUAUCUCGGCGAUACGGUGGGAGCUGUGGAGAAUCUCGUACGACCUCGGCACAUCAAAAGCCAUCUACCGUUGGCGCUGCUUCCCGAACAGCUUUGGACCGUUAAGCCGAAAAUUAUCUAUUGCGCUAGGAAUCCCAAAGAUGUUGCCGUCUCCUACAUGCACCACUAUCGGCAUCUGCAUGGUUUCAACGGUACGGAUGAAGCAUUUCUAGAAGGGUUGCUGAAUGAUCAAGUACUGUGGUGUCCACAAGUACCGCAUACACUGGAUUUUUGGAACGUUCGUCAUUUGGAUAAUGUGUUGUUCAAUCAGUUUGAAGAAAUGAUAAAGGAUAUUAUGGGCGUUCUUCGGAAAACAUGUAGCUUCUUCAAAAAAAGCUACACAGAUGAACAGUUGGUCAAAUUAGCUGAACAUCUGUCGUUUGAUAUGAUGAAAAGAAACCCAUCGGCCAAUCACACACAACUACUGAAAACUUUGGAAACAGUUCGGAAUACCACAAUAAAUUUCAGCUUUAUGAGAAAAGGGCAAGUUGGCUGCUAUAAAGAUGAACUUACUCCUGAGUUCACACAACGAUUACAAGAGCACGUUGAUAGGCAGUUAGCUGGGAGCAGUUUUCAAUACAUGGAAUAAAUUAAGUAUUUUGGGGAUUUUGUUGAAGAGCUGCACGCAAAAUACAGUAGUUUGGUAGUUAUGGCACUAAAUGCCUCCUUAAGUGCGUUGAAUGUAUGUGUCCUUUGCGUUAUUGGAAUUAUUUGUAUAGGGUACUGAAGAAGAAACAGCGAAAAACUGGAAAUCUUGAAAAAUAUGGAUAUUAAAACAACUCUACAAGUUAAACUGUAUCAAGUAUCAAAGAAAUUACUUCAUUGAGUGUCUCUUUCUUUGCUUUAUUUCCACUUUUGAAUAUGUCUGUAUCACUUUCAAAUAACCAUGUUGACAGGUGCACUUGCUCAAAUCUAUCCAGUACCAAACCCUCCAGGAAGCCUAGUCUAUCCAAUCUCUCCACCGCACUCAUCUGUCUGGGAAGCAUCAGGUAAUCAUUAACACAUGCUACCACAUCAACCGUAUAAGUCACACCACCGGCCCCAUAAAUCACCAUCCAAUUUUCCAGAUUUUUCCCACGUGUCGUUGUCGUCGAUGUCAUCGCCGUGCACUUUCUUGUUCUCUCGGCGUUGAUGACGACGACAAUGCAUCCAUCAACCAGAGAAGUCCCCCGGGUCGGUUGGUGGUCUGCUCCGCGUGUGACACCCUCUUCCACUCCUCAUCCGAGCUUGGUUGGUAGUUGGUCGUCAAACGGCGGCGACUGAUUUCGGUGCUUCCCGUUCGUUCCGGGAGGAUUCGCUCCCAUCGAAAGUCAAGUGUGAGUGAUGCACUUGAAAUUUAAUUACUUUUUACGCUCUAUAAAAUGCAGCUCGACGCUGGAUGCGUACCGGCGCGUCAUCGCGCCGCACCGGGCGGACAGUUUGCUUGGAAGAUGAGCAAUCGGACCGGGUAGCUGGGCUGGGCUGGGCUGGGAGACAUGUCGACGACAACAGCACAGCGGCAAGUGAUUAUCACCCACUACUCUCCGGUUGAGUUCGCCGCGUCGCACCGUGCCACGUCGAACUGGUCGGUUUGGCUCGCAAAUGUUCCGGUUUUAAAAGCGUGCGUAAUAAUGAUAUGCAAGCAUGGCUCAAAUCCGAUGGACAACCGGCAGCAGCAGAAGCAGCAACGCAGACAAACGGUAGUCGUGUUGUUGCACAGUGGUGUCAGAGAGAAAAAAGUUGAACAUUUUUCGAAACGUUUACUAGUUUGUGAUCGUUUUUACAUGGAACAGUGACAAGAGGUGAUAGGUACCGCCGCUUACACUGAAAAACAAGAGAACCCAAAUUUGAGUAUUUUUAAACUCACUUUUGAGUUCUUUUUUGCAUCCUGUUUCAUUCGCUCUCUUUAUUGUAGUCAGAGAGUGAAUAGCAAAACCACCCAACUUUGAGAGUUCGAUGCGGGAAGCCAAAAUUAAGUAAGUGGCACAGUACCGAAAGUU